CUAUUCAACUAGAUUUUGGCAAUAUACCAGCUUUUAUUACUUGUUUUCCUUAUAUAAAACCCAUUCAUUUUCUAUUAUAGCAAAGACUGCUUCAACUGAAGAUGCAUCGCGCAAUUGGCUUAUUAGUUUUUAUAGCUUUAUGCUGCAAAAUUUUUGCCGAUAAAAGAUGUUUUACGGACCAGGAAAUCGAGUGUAUAAGGGAUGUCUUUACGAGUGAAGAGGCAGAUAAUAUUCUGUGGAACUGCUGUACAAAUGGCAUUAACAGCACGGCAGAAUGCUUUCGAGAAAGAGUGAAUCUGAUGGAGAAAGAAUGUCACCCUAAAGAAAUGUAUUCUUCCUGUUUUGUUCACAAACUUCAUAAUCAUACUAAAUUCAAAGUUAUUCUUACAGAUGAAUUUAUGGUAAAAAAAUAAAUUUUUCCUUUACUAAAUUUUUCUUUUUGUUUAAUUUAUAUGGUGUAU